UAUAGAGGAGCGUUGGUUAAUGGGCCCCACUAGAAGAGCAACGGUUCAAAUUCAAAUUAUCCCUCUUUUUUCUCUUCCUCUGUUCUAAAAACCCUUUCUUUUUCUCACUUUUUUUUCUCAACAACCAAACAAACUCUUUUCUUAUUCUUCUCUCAAUUUCGAAAGAAAUUCGAAGAAGAGAAAUUGACCCUUUUGAGUUUCUUCAAAGGAAAUUGUGAAGUGGGGUUUGUUUUUCCACGAUGUCCUCUCAGAAUCGUCGUUCGUCUUUUUCUUCAUCGACGUCGUCUUCUUUGGCUAAAAGACAUGCUUCUUCUUCUUCGCAUUUGGUUGAAAAUGUGAAGAAGGUUUCGGGUUCUUCUGUGUUGGGUGCCCCAAAGAAGAGAGCCCCUCUCUCUAAUUUGACCAAUCGAAGUAAUAAUAAUAACAAUGAGUCUCGUAAUGCUUCAAAGACAACUCUUCCUUCGGUACCAUUGGGAACCAAGAAAGUGGAACCUAAUAAUAAUGUGGGGGUUUCUGGGAACAAGAUGCUCAAAUCCUCCUCAAAUGUCAAACCUAGUUCAAAGGUUAUUACAUCUAAACAAAAACUUGAUGAAGCUCCUCCUCCUCCUCCUCCCAUGGCCAUUACAUGUACUAGUAUGGAUGUUUCUCCAACUCAAUCAGAAAAUCUUUCUGUAUCUUUGGAUGAAACAAUGUCUGUGUGUGAUUCUUUUAAGAGUCCAGAAGUGGAAUAUGUUGCAGUUGAUUCUAUUAACAAGAAGACAUUUAGUAAUCUCUACAUUUCAGAACAUUCCAAGUCAACAGAUAACAUUUGUAAUAGAGAUGUGUCUGUGGAGAUGGAAAUAGAUGAUGAUCAAAUUGUUGAUGUUGAUAGUAAUUUCAUGGAUCCCCAAUUGUGUGCUACCAUUGCUUGUGAUAUUUAUAAGCAUUUGCGUGCAUCUGAGGUUAAUAAAAGGCCUUCAACAGAUUUCAUGGAGAAAGUUCAGAAAGAUGUUACUCCAAGCAUGAGGGCAAUUCUAAUAGAUUGGCUUGUAGAGGUGUCUGAGGAGUACAGGCUUGUACCUGAUACAUUGUACUUGACAGUUAAUUACAUAGACAGAUAUCUUUCUGGAAAUGUUAUGAAUAGACAACGAUUACAGUUGCUCGGUGUGGCUUGCAUGAUGAUUGCCUCAAAAUAUGAGGAGAUUUGUGCACCCCAAGUUGAAGAAUUUUGUUAUAUAACUGAUAACACCUACUUCAAGGAUGAGGUUUUGGAAAUGGAAUCUUCAGUGUUGAAUUACUUGAAGUUUGAAAUGACAGCCCCAACAACUAAAUGUUUCUUAAGGAGAUUUGUUCGUGCUGCUCAAGGAAUCAAUGAGGUCCCAUUAAUGCAAUUCGAGUGCUUGGCUAACUACCUUGCAGAAUUAUCUCUUUUAGAGUAUAGUAUGCUAUCUUACCCUCCAUCAAAGAUAGCAGCAUCAGCAAUUUUCUUAGCCAAUUUUAUAAUCCUCCCAUCAAAGAGACCUUGGAACAACACCUUGCUUCAUUACACACAAUACCAACCAUCAGACUUGUGUUCCUGUAUUAAAGAUCUUCAUCGCCUUUGUUCGAAUAACAACAACUCCAGUUUACUUGCCAUUAGAGAGAAAUACAGUCAACAUAAGUACAAAUAUGUAGCAAAGAAGUAUGUCCCUCCUAUGAUACCUACAGAGUAUUUUCAUGACCAAAGCCACUAGAACUAGAUGUUGAUGUUCCAAUAAACUGUUGGGCUUACUUUUGUGUUGGUGAAUCUGGUGGCAGCUGGGCUGGUUGUGGUCUGAUUUUUUCAUCCAUUGGAUGAAACUAAUGUUGUAUAAUCUACUUUUUGUUCUCUUGUCUUUAGGAUAGUAUGUGCCAAUAGUUUUUCUUUUUCUUUUUUCUCCCUGAAAAUAGCAACGGGUAGUUUUUCUUAGUGUGUAGAAAACUAUUGGCUUUGUUGUAGCUAACUCUAUCAAUGAUUUCAGCCCCCAGCAAUGGCACUUUUCACUCUCA